AUGAAUCCGGCGGGAAUUACGAUAACACUACAGAUUGGCGCAGCCGGCUGGAACUUCGACCGCUCAGGACUGCAGCAGCAGCAGCAGCAGAACGUGCAGCCAGCCACGGCAACACUCAGACUUCUACAAUUAUCCUAUGGGUCUGCUGAGUACUCGCAAUGCCACAACCAAUUUAUGCCAUAUGAACAGCAGCCAUAUAUAGGAGAUCGUGACUAUGCAAGCAGACGCGUUGCCCCUCCACGUUUGCAGAUUCUGCCGGGACUAUCGGCCAAACCUGUCGAUAAUGUCUACGCCGCAAACAACUUAAGCCAACCGUCUCACGCCAGUAUUACACCCAUAUCCUCAUUAGUAAAUGGCAUUCCUGCUUAUGCCGCGCAGGUAAAUGGCACCAACGUGGCAUUGCUCUCUGCACGCAUAUCUUCAGCCGACGAUGGCGUGUUUAUGGAUGCCCAGAGACCGCUGUCUGGUGCGGGAACUGUCACGAGGGGAAUUUCCGACAUGAACCCAUUUGGUAAUACUAAUGAGUAUUAUGCACCCCUCAGGCCGCUGUUCCUUGGAGGUCUGCGCAAGCAGCUCCAGCAGAUCAUUGCUUCGGCGACCAACAACAAUAAGAUGGACACCAUUGACUGGGACACGCGGCCACUGCCCAAGGCCUGUGACAAGGUCAAAACCUCAUCCACGGCUGCUGUUAAACGCCCAGUGAAGAAUGCCGUGGCUUUUGUUGGUGCUAGCAACAACUUUGCCGACUUUGACUCUGCCGAGCGCAAGGAGCGCCGCUUGCUCCGCUUCCAGCAGGAGGCAGAAGCUGCAAAGAAGGCAGCAGACGAGAACACUGCCCUCUUGAUCCCACCAACGCCCAAUACCAACGACGUGCGCGAGUGGGAUGUUGACACGAUCGUGGGCACUUGCGCCAAGCUGGAGAAGAGCUAUCUGCGGCUGACGUCGGCACCAGAUCCCUCCCAGGUGCGCCCACUGUCCCAAUUACACUAUAUCUGCGACCAACUCAAAUCUAUGCGGCAGGAUUUGACCGUGCAGCGCAUCACGAACGAAUUUACCGUCGAGGUGUACGAGCUACACGCGCGCAUUGCGUUGGAGACCAAUGACCUCGGGACUGUACGCGAUGGGUCUGAAAGGCCAUGCUAUGGAGCCGACAUCAUUGCGGCCUUGAAGGCAAUGGCGCCUGAGGAGAAGCGCGAUCCGGCGGUGCGCCAUGCACUCAAUGUGCGCGCUGCCAUGGCGACAGGAAACUACCACACGUAUUUCCAGCUGUACCUCAGUGCGCCAAACAUGGGCGGCUACUUGAUGGACAACUUUGCUGACCGCGAGCGCUGCAUUGCAUUGCAAAAGAUGUGCAAAGCAUUCCGGUUUAAACUCAGCCUGUCUGCCAUCACUAGCGAGUUUGCUUUUGAUGAUGAAGAGGCGUGCGUCAAGUUUUUGACGGGUUUGAACAUCACAGCCACCCAUGAGGGCGAGCACCUGGCGACGAUAGACAUGAAGGCGGCAUACCCCUUUGCAAUUGCGGCCAUGCAAAAGUAUAACAAGGUGGAUAUCAAGGGCCAGAUAUACUGA